ACCCACUAGACUAUGUUCAACCAUAUCAUAUAUUUUUAGAGUAAACGUUUUGUUUAAAUAAUACGAAAUGCUAAUUUAGCUAGCUGUACUAUUUAUGCUAUCCUCUCAAUUCUCUGUUCAGGUGAUGUUUGCUGAGAUCAUAUGUGUUCUGUCACAUUAUUCUCUUUAAAACAGUGGAGGAAAAUCGAUGGACAGAAAUGGCUCUAAUACUGGUUUGACAGAUUCUCAGCUUCUCUUUGGCUCUCAGUUUUGGUUUGAGAAUUCCCAGAACACAUCCCAGGAUCUGAGUCUGUCAUCCAGAAACUCCCAGCAAAGUUUACAAGAGGGAAGUGACCCAAAGUUUUACCGCAGUUACCUCCUUAAACCUUUGCUGUUUGGAGACUAUAAGGACAAAACCAACACAAUCAGAUCACUGGAUCAGUUUGAAGAAGACAAGAGGAAGACAAAAGAAAAUAAUGACAUUGAUUUCUUAGCCAGAGAGUCACAACAUGUCAGAGAAACUCUCUGCAGUAUUCACCAAUUGGUUGCCAGCACCAAACAAACCGUCUGUCAGGCGGUCUUUGACAAAAUCGACAAUUUUGCAUCAACAUUGCAAAGCAGUCUGAAGAAUCUUGUCGGUGACAUUUCCCAAAAGUUUGAGACUCUGGUGGCCAAAGCAAACUCUCAAAGGGACGUCAUAUCCCAGCUGGAGGAAAAGAUGAUGGAGAAAGGAGACAUCACAGCAGAGCUUCAUGGCCAUCUGCAAAGCUUAAAGAAUAGUUUGGACGGUAUAAGAGAGGAACAGGAGAGAAAAAUCCACAUGCUUGAAGAGGCUGUCCAGCUGCUCCAGACUUUAGCCUCUGAGCUUUUGGCCAAACCCACCGCUGAGGCGACGAUGCACAGCGCUACCCAGACCUCGCCAAACCUCGAACAGCCGCUGUCGAACCAAAAACAACCUGAGAGAGCUGGUCUUCAGGUCCCGGCGCCCCCUCAAGACCACAAGCAGGUCUUCAGAAGAACGAAACCCGGCGCCAGAGGUCUGAGGAGGCGCAAAAAGAGGGCACUGGUUCUUCCCCAGAGGAGCAAACGCACCAGCUCGGAUGAAAACCGCCAGCCCCUAAAUGGCUGCAACAAACCGCAGAGACUUUCAGAACCCGUCCACAGGCAUCAGAGAGACAGCCCCAGCCCAGGCAGCAGACGUGGAGGAGUGGCGGGCUGUUUCAUCACGCCGCUGAGCAGCUGGUCUGUGGACAGCAGCGGCUCCGAGUGCUUCACAGCCAUCGAACCCAUCCUAGAGAAGCUGUCCGCUGAGCCCAAGACCUCAGGAGGCUUCUGGCAGCUGUUUGAUUCUGAAUGAUUCUGGUUCAGAAGUAGUGUCAGAACAUUUGAUUCUACAUUUAUUGAUCUGCUUUUAACCCCACAAAAUUAUUUCAAGCAUCAUUUAUUUAGGGCAAAAUGUGAAUGAUGCAGCCACACUUUGUUUUAUUUAAAAUAUGAAUGUAUAAAUAUGUACAAGUUAAGCUUUUAUUUGUGUUGGAAACAUUAGUGGUGAAUCUAAAAUCUUCACUUAUUUAUUUAAGUCCUGUUAACGUUUCUUGAUAAGGUUUCAUUAAACAACCUUGAAAACUG